AUGGAUGCAGCGGUAGUAGCCAUAACUGAGAAGAAGCCUCAUGUAAUUUGUGUCCCAAUACCAGCACAAAGCCACUUACUGGCCAUGCUCAAACUAGCAGCGCUUCUCCACCACAUGGGACUCCAAGUAACUUUUGUCAACACAGAGACCAUCCACAAGCAAUUGCUCGAAUCUGGCGGUGUUCGUUCCCUUGACGGGUUGUCUGAUUUUCGAUUUGAAACCGUUCCUGAUGGCGUGCCUAGUGGUUCUGAAGACGAUGAAACCACCUUCUUGACUCCUUUUCUUGAUCUAGUUGCAACCAAACUUCCAACUCCUCCGACUUGUAUUAUCUCUGAUGGCUUCAUGUCCUUAUUCACUAUUGAUGCUGCAAAGAAGCUCGGCAUCCCUGUCAUGCUCUACUGGACUCUUGCUGCUUGUGGCUUCAUGGGUUUUUACCACAACCAAUCUCUCAUCGAUAAAGGACUUACACCACUUAAAGAUGAAAGCUACUUGACAAAUGGAUAUUUAGAAACCAUUGUUGAUUGGAUUCCUGGAAUGGAAGGAAUCCGUCUAAAGGAUUUGAAUACCCUCCCCUGGACCACAGACCCCGACAACGAAUUAUUGAAAAUAUGUACUAAAGCUACACAAAAGUGCCACGAUGUUUCACACAAUAUCAUCCACACCUUUGACGCUUUGGAGGCUAGUAUUGUCGAUGCUCUUUCGUUUAUCUGUCCUCGUAUUUAUACUGUUGGCCCAUUACAAUUACUUCUUAGUCAAAUACCACUAGAAGGAAAACAGAGCACAAUGCUACAUUUUAAAGGAUACAACUUACGGAAAGAAGAACCGGAGUGCAUCCAAUGGCUCCAAUCCAAGGAACCAAACUCGGUCAUUUAUGUAAACUUUGGGAGUACAACAAAAAUGCCGCUAAAUGAUCUUAUAGAAUUUGCUUGGGGUCUUGUUGAUAGCAAUCACUAUUUCCUUUGGAUAAUAAGAUCAGAUUUGGUUGUGGGUGAGUCAUCAGCUAAUUUCUCUCCUGAACUUGAGGAGCUUAUAGAAAAGAGAGGUUAUAUAGCAAGCUGGUGUUCACAAGAAAAGGUCCUGAACCAUCCUUCUGUUGGAGGGUUCUUGACUCACUGCGGUUGGGGUUCAACCAUUGAGAGCUUGUCCGCUGGGGUACCAAUGAUAUGCUGGCCUUAUUUGUGGGACCAAGUGACCAAUUGUAGGUACACAUGCAAGGAAUGGGAGGUUGGAUUGGAAAUGGGCAAGGACGUGAAAAGGGAAGAAGUUUGUAAACUUGUACAAGAGUUGAUGGGCGAAAAUGGUCACCGAAUGAGGAUUAAAGCCAUUGAGUGGAGGGAAAAGGCUCUUACUGCAACCGGUCCCAAUGGUUCAUCUUCCUCGAACAUAAACAGCCUUGUUGAAGAAAUCACUGUGUGGUCAAGGAACUAAAAAGCUUGCAAAAUCUUUAUGAAGGAAUUGAAGCUAAAGACUUAUAUCUAGGCUUUUUAUUGACUCUUGAUCCAGUUUUA